AAUCGUAGAACAAUGAGGGGAAUGCGUAUAACACCGUUAUUUAAGUAUAGUUCUUUAUUCGCCAUCGGAUCAAAUGCAGGCCCGAUCUCUUAUCGGAGCCGCAUUCCUGGCUUCAAAAAGUUCUUUGACACUCACCUCUCCAGGUCCCUGGUUAUCUACUUUGAACUCUCAAGGGAAUAACAAAAUACGGCUUGUAUCUGUGUUCGGCCUCGAUCCGACGGCGGAGACUCGACUCGACCGCGGACAACACCGUUAUUCAACCCCAGACGUCACCUCCUCUUUCCAAGCGCCCACCACCAUUGAAUCGCAUUACGUAUUCGGAGCUGGACUCUAUACUAUGGAAUGAAGAUUUAAUGCAUUCAGUGUACUGAAACACGGCCUUUAUCCAUGGCUCCUUUGUGCCUGCUGGACUCGUGAUAAAACCACCGACCCCGACCUGCAGCCUC